AUGAAAUUGUGGCUCGUUAUACUUCACAUAGUUUUAGUUGGAACGAAUCUAUGGGUCACUGCACAUUUUCACGAAGACCUUCCGGAAGACAAUGAAUUUGCCGAGUUUGAGGAUUUCGAAGAAGACAAAACAAAUUCUCGUGUCGAAGCGCAACAAGAAGAAGAAGAGGAAGAUGAGUUCAUUGAAUCCGAUAAGGACCAAACUUUCGACGAGGAAGACGCUUUGGUAGAGGAUGGUGACAGUGAAUUCGAUCAUUUCCAGGAUGAGGAAGAGUUUGAAGGCUUGGACGUAGCCGGAGGAAAUGCGGGGGCAAAGCCCGAGGAGCCUUCAACACUGACAAUCACCAAAGUCCCUCUGCAUUUGCGCGCAAGAUGGGACAGUUUCUACCUCGAAAUUUUAAUGAUCGCCGGUCUUGUGGUCUACUUUAUAAAUUACAUCGCAGGUCGAUCAAAAAAUUGUCGCAUCGCCGAAUCGUGGUUCAACGAUCACAAUCAGCUUUUCAGCGAGAAUUUCUCUCUGGUCGGUGACACUGGAAAAACUGCUGAAGAAGCUUCCGAUAAUGGCGCAGUUGUGAAGGAAAGCGAGUCUCAGUACAGUCUCUAUUGUUCUGGAAGAGUGGGAUGCGAUUCGAUGCUGAUAGAACUUAAAUUGCUGAAACGCCAGGACUUAGUGGCGGUUUUGGCACAAAUGGUGCGACCACAAAACGACCAAGCGCACAUUCGAAUCGACCUUACCAAAGACGAGACUGAUAAUUUUAUCUUGGCAGUCGCUGCCAAGAAGACUGCCAUGCAUUUGGCGAGGGAUAUGGCUGAUAUUAGCGUUUAUUGUCCAGAAAAAAGACCCGGAGAAAAAUUUAAUUUACCAUCGGGCUUUCUUGUCAUGUCCGAAAUCCCCGAGGCGACUUCUGCGGUUUUAGAUACGAGAGUUAUCCAGGCAUUUACGAAAUACGCACAAUAUAUUGAUUACGUUCAUAUCAGUGACCAGUAUAGCGGACCCAAACAACAAGAGGAUUCUAGUCAGCUCACAAUGCCGGAAGUAAAGAGGGUGCUUUUGGUGGGCCUAAAUAUUAGCAUUAAGGGCCGUAUUCAGAGUGCGGAAAUGCAAGAAAGAAUGAGGCCUUUACUCCAGUUAACGUUUUAUUUGCUGGAUAAACUGCGUCGAUUCAAACUUUCCAAAGAGGGAAGAGCCAAAAGCGACAAAAAUCGCCAGCGAGUGGAAGAGGCUUUUUUGAAAACUACGAGCGCCGCUCGCGCGGAAGCAGCCGCCCAACGUCGAGAGGAGCGCCGAAGGCAAGAAAAGGAACGAAUUCUCCAGGAGGAAGAUCCAGACAAGCAGAGAAAGUGGGAAGAAAAAGAGCAGAAAAGACUCGCCAAGAAGCGAGCACCCAGAAUGAAGCAACUUAAGGUCAAAGCCUUGUGACCCCGUAAAGAAAACGAGAAGGUCGAAAAAGCUAAAGACACGCGAGAACCAUAACAGAUUUUGAGAAGCUGAAAUAAACUAAAAAAAGAAUGGAAAAUUACUCUCAUGAAAAAUUACAAGAUCGAUCAUGAAACCUGAUCAGUAAUUUAUCGAAGCUAAUCGAUAUUUAUCCUUCGCUUAUGAUCUUGGUAAGUUCAUAGAAACGCGAUCUGUUUUGCAUAUAUCUAUUGACUCAGUAAAAUAUUCUCGCUGCCAACUUAUUGUUAGUGAUCAAUCGUUAUUUAUACGUAACGUUAAGCCUGAAAGACUCUGUGGUCCCAUAUAAAAACUGGUUAGCGACAUUGUCUAACACAUAGAGUGUGAUUUAUAUUAAAAGGGACUUUUUUGGUAAAGAUUCCUUACGUAAACGCAGUGGAAGCAUCGAAUUUUAUUAUCUGUGAUUUUAUAUUUGUCUUUUUCUUUCUUUCUUUUAAAGACAUAUUUCACAAUCGGUUUGUUAUAAUCAGUAUAAUCACGAGAACUUAUCAUUUACAUUUUACAAUUAGAUUUAGCUCACUUUUCCAUCUUCACGUUCGACGUAGAUAAACGAGAUAGAAAACAUAUUUAUCAAAUAUGCAAUUAUUAUACUAAGGACCUACUUUCAGUAAAGGAGUAAAAUAAUUUAUUGUAUAUAAAACUUUCCAAGCAAAAUAUAUACACAUUCAAUGGAAAUCG